AUGUCUCUGCCAGCGUUUGCCGCAAGCCCUGCGGCAGCAGCGGCAGCAGCAGCAGUGUCCAGUGGGCCACACACGGCCGACAAAGUGUCAAAGCACCACAGCAUAGCAACCACAGUGACGGAGCCAGCAACGCCCUGGUGGCUCUCGUCAGACUCCACACACGCACACACCGCGUGCCCAUUGCGGCCGUUUGCACACAUGGUUGUGGAAUUGCCGCGGAAGACAGACAGCUCUGGAAAAUGCACAUGCAGCUCGGCGCAGCGCACCGGGCAGGCGGCGGUGUCAAUGGAGGAUCUGCGGGAUGCAUCGAUAGUGCACUUUUCGGAUGCAUUGAGACGGAAGUUCCACAGCAUCGCCCCUGAGGCGCGGGUCGGGGCAACGGUGGGUGAGGUGCUGCAGUUUGCAGCCCACAGCAGAAAGCUCCGCUCGACCACAUCCGGGCUGUGGAGCAUGCUUGGAUGGCUAGUGCGCGGCCCUGAAGCCGACCAGGCGACGGAAAUGGCUGUGCGGGACGUGGAUGACGACAGCCUGCCGCAGCGGCCACGCAACAUCGCGCAAGUACCGGAGGACGACCCGCUGCUGAUCGGUAACGAGGGGCUAGGCCACGUAGAGCUGGCAGCGGUUCGGCGCACCAAGCACAGCUGCAUUUUUGCCCUGUGUGCGCAUGCGCUGCCGGGCGUUCUGGAGGACGAUCACCAGACACCACGUGGCGAGGGAGCGCAGCUGGCAAUCGUGCAUGUGGCCGAGGUCUCGACGCUGCACCAAGCUGCAUGCUGCGGCAUCCCGAGUCUGCUGCCGCCGCCCGUGCCCCUGGAGCAGUACUUUUCACGGUUUGUCGAAUCGAGCCGAUCGCUAGGCCCGCCGCCGUCGCUGCCACCGCUGCUGAGACGCGACGCCGAGCCGUGUACGAUUGACUCGCCGCUGUCGUGGAUGUCGAUGCUGGUGUCGCGGCAUGGCCUGGUGGAGAUGGCGUAUCCGCUGCGCCAUGCGACCCUAUCCAGUACCGACGGCGAGAGCGGCGCCGAUCCCGACCCGACGCUGGAGGGAACGCCGCCGGUCGCAUUGGCGUCGCUGCUGGGCGAGUCGGUGUUUUCGCGCAUCCACCCGGAGGAUGUGGCGCGGGUGGUCAAGGCGCUGCGGCUGGCGUGGGAUGCGCGUCCGGACGUGUACCAUUUCUCGCGCCUGCGUCGCGAGUGGCAGCGGCGCCGGCUGUCGUCGGCCGGCGAGCGCGCGGUGUCGUCAGCGCCAAACACCCCGCCGAUGCGCCCGCACCGGUCUGCCACCAUGCAUACCGGCGGUGCGCGGCCGGUGCUUGGCGACCGGCAGGUGCAUCACCGCGAAGGCAUAGAGGUAGCCAACGGCAUGGUGGAGCUCAACGUGCAGGUGCAGAUCAGCGGCACCUCAUCCGACAUCGACUGGGACGACCUAGACAGCACGGCCGAGCACGCGCGGUUCGCCAAGAUGCGCCUGACGCGGUGGCCGCUGAUUCUGAAGCCGCCCAAGCCCAGCGCGUACCGGGACGGCGAGAGCGAGGAGCCGCAGGACGGCUUUGUAUUGAUCGGGCUGCAGCCGCUGCCCGAGCCCAGCCGGUCGCGCACCGCCACUGCUGUGGAGCCGCAUGGCACCUGCCACGACCAAAAGAAACACUCGAUUUCGUCCAUUGCCUCGACCUCGACUCUGGUCGGCCUGGGCGUCGCCCCACAGCAGACCGGCAGCCUCGACGCACUGAGCCUCGACCGCCUCUGCCGCAGCACCAGCAGCCUGUCCUGCCAGGAGCUGACCGCGCGGUCGUCAAUCGACUCGCACGACGAGCUGCCGGCCACCGACAUGCAGCGCACGCCGACGCCCGUGGCACGGCCCAUCGUGGGUCUGACUGCCAACGUGGUGCAGACGGCCACGGCCAUGUCCCCGCACCAGCAGCAUCUUGCCAUGCGCCGCCGAUCCAACAUUGUGGUCGGAUCGCUGCAGAGCGUGGCCAAUAUGCAGAGCUUUGGCACGCCCCGUGAGUUUGCUGAUUAA